CAACACUGGCAUAUCAACCAUCAAGCUCUGUGAAUAACUAAUAGCUCAAUCUAUAAAAAUCCGAAGGGCGCGCGUUCUCUCUCAGGCAAGAGAAACGAGAGAUGGAACCAGCAACACCGCCCAUCCACAUCGCCAUGUUCCCAUGGUUAGCAUUCGGCCACAUCAGCCCCUUCAUCCAGCUGUCCAACAAGCUCUCCAUGGAUCCCACCAUCAAAAUCUCCUUCCUCUCAGCCCCAGCCAACAUUCCCCGCAUCUCCUCCACCCUCUCAUCCACCGUUCAUAUCAUCCCCCUCGAAAUCCCACCCGUCGAUGGAAUCCCACCCGGCGUCGAGAGCACUGCCGACAUGACCCCACACCAAGCUGAGCUCCUUAAGAAGGCCGUUGACAACAUGAAGCCCCAGAUCGAGAAUCUCCUGGCCCACCUCCAUCCCCAAAUCAUCUUCCACGAUUUCACCCACCAAUGGCUGCCGUCCAUCGCUACCUCACUCAACAUCAAGACCUUCUUCUUCUCCGUCUUCAACGCCACGGUGCUUGCUUACGCCGUCGUCCCUUCCAGGCUCGUUUCUUCCCAAAUUACCCCCACCGUUGAAGACUUAAAGAACCCACCUCCAGGAUUCCCGAAGACCUCUGCUGCAGCGGUCUCGGCCUACGAAGCCCGAGAUUUACUCUACAUUUUCAAGAGUUUCGGUGGUCCGAGCGCCUACGAUCGCGCCGUGUCCUGCAUGAAGAACAGCUCCGCCAUAGUACUUAAGACUUGCAUGGAAAUGGAAGCUCCCUACGUCGAAUACAUCAAGUCCCAGUACGGCAAACCAGUCUUACUGGCCGGUCCGGUGGUCCCGCAGCCGCCAACCGGAGCCCUCGAUCAUCGGUGGGCCGACUGGCUCGGCCAGUUUCAGGAGAAAUCCGUAGUCUUCUGCUCCUUCGGGAGCGAAUCCUUCCUGAAAGAAGAUCAGAUCCGAGAGCUGGUUCUUGGGUUGGAGAUGGCGGGACUACCAUUUUUUGUGGUACUGAAUUUCCCAGACGGGGAAGAUAAGGUGGCCCGCUUGAAGGCAGUAUUACCGGAAGGGUUCGAAGAAAGGGUGAAGGAUAAGGCGGUGGUGCAUACAGGAUGGGUGCAGCAACAGCACAUACUGGCGCACGUUAGUGUGGGGUGCUUCGUGUGCCACUCGGGGGUGAGUUCUAUCACCGAGGCGCUCGUUAAUGACUGCCAGCUCGUGCUUCUACCGCAGAAGGGCGACCAGUUCCUGAACUCUAGGCUGGUGAGUGGGGAUCUGAAGGCGGGUGUAGAGGUAAAAAGAGACGAAGAGAGUGGGUAUUUUGGGAAAGGGGAUUUAUGUACGGCUGUGAAGACGGUGAUGAAGAUGGUUGAAGAGGAGCCUGGGAAGACGGUUAGAGAGAAUCACAGAAAGUGGAGGGAUUUUCUGCGUGAUACCGACGUGCACGAGAAGUUUUUGAAGAAUUUUGUUGUGGAGAUGAAAGGGAUAAUGUACGGUGGCGAUGGAAUGUAGCGUCAACUGUAUUAAUAGCUAACCGAGUAAAAUUACCAUAUUUUCGAGCUA